AUGGCGGAGAUCUGGAUCGCCGUGCCCAUCUUCAAUGCCGCAGUGCUGUGGACUGUCCUGCCGCUGGGCGGCUACUACUGGCUCGUGCAGGCCCGAUAUCCUGAAAUCGCUCAGCAGAGCAAGACAGGAGGUGAGAAGAGGAUCCUCAAGGAGCAGAUGCCGCACCAGGCCACGGCGGCAGCCAGUGGAUUGCACCAAGAUGCCUUGAAGCAUGCCCUGUGCCCAGCUUGGCUCCAGCACCACGGCUGGUCAUCCGCGGAUUUUCUCAUUGAAACAGACCACUGCACGGAGGUUUGGGGCAUGCUCAGCAGUGCAAAAAGGCAGCUUGCCCUGCAGACCGCAGAUGGCCAAACUACCGCGCCAGUAGUGCCGCAGCCGGAACAUCCACAGCCAGAGUCAGGCACUGGACCCAUCGAUCAAGCCGCGAAACUGCUGAGUGAAAUUUUGGAGUUCGCUGAGUUUGUGAACAAUGAGUUGCAGCAGUUGGCUGCUUCGCUACGGCGUGCCACAGAGGACUUCGCCGUGCAGCGGCACCAGUUGCGGCAGCUGCAACGGAGGAAGGAGCAGCAGAAGGCGCUCUUCCGGCGCGCUUCGGCGGCCUCGGCUGCGUGCGCGGCUGCGGUGCUGGCAGCCAUUGAGGAGGCUCAGCAGCUGCUGAAAGAAUUGCUGGAGAUGAGAGAAAUGGAGCAGUUGCUGCGACUCAAGGAACGGCAGGAGCUCGAGCUGAUGCGAUUAGCGAAGGCAUCCUUGGAAGGACUGUGCUAA